AUGGGUGGCGGUAACGGUGCCAAGGCUGCGCAGAAGCGCGAGCGCAACGCCAAGGACAAGGCUGGCGCGGCCAAGUCGCAGCUCAAGACCAACGAGAAGGCGCUCAACAUCCAGUGCUUCGUUUGCAAGGCGACGUUCCUCAGCACGACGCGCGAGAAUGCACACACACACACACACGAGAGACUGCCGUUCACUGCUAACUGCAAACUGCGUCUGUCCAGCCUCAACGACCAUGCGACCAACAAGCACAGCAAGACGCUGGCCGACUGCUUCCCCGACUUCAAGGCCGCCUCGAAAUAA